AUGGCUACGACGAAACACCAUACGCCAGGCUUUCUAGGUGGCGAUUUGCCGGAAUACCUGGAGACAGCAUAUCAAGAAGGCCACGACGCCGACAUACCGACAAAUGCAACAACAACUCAGGAGGUCAAGCAACAGACGCCCGCUGUUAGACCCGACAGCAAUAUCAGCGACUUGGAAAAAGCCGAUCCUAAUGAGCGCUCAGAAGCGACAUCGAUCACAUCGCCUGUCACCGGUGUUGCAGCCGCACACGAACCGGAAAAGGCGCCUGCUGAGGUUACGGAGGCAGUUGAGAACCCCGAUCCCAACAUCGUGUCAUGGGAUUCCGACGAUGAUCCUGCAAACCCCGUGAACUGGAGUACGGGCUUGAAAUGGGGCAACAUUGCUGUGCUCUCUACGUUGACGUUCCUCACGCCACUAGCAUCUUCGAUGUUUGCGCCUGGAGUACCGCAGCUGAUGAGAGAGUUCGGGACGGACAGCAGUACACUCGCGACGUUCGUGGUUUCCAUAUACGUCUUGGGCUUCGCGGUCGGGCCGCUAUUGAUCGCACCAGCUUCAGAGCUGUACGGCCGAUUGAUCGUAUAUCACGUCACGACUAUUGCCUUCAUCAUCUUCACGGUAGCAUGUGCCCUGGCACCAUCGAUGAGCUCGCUGAUAGUCUUUCGCUUCCUGCAAGGAUGCUGGGGCGUCACGCCGGUCACCAUAGGAGGUGGCACAAUUGCUGAUCUGAUGGCACCUGAGAAGCGAGGAGCUGCAAUGGCGAUAUGGGCCAUGGGGCCACUCCUUGGACCAGGUUGGUUUCGGGAGUAAUCGCAAAUGAGAGCACUACUAACCUCGAGUAGUGAUCGGGCCUGUUGCUGGUGGCUUCUUGGCUGAAGCGAAAGAUUGGCGGUACGUCUAAGAGUGCAAGUGACUAAAAGAAAUAUGGCUGAUUUCUCACACAGAUGGAUCUUCUGGGUCAUUGCAAUGGCGACCGGCUUCACUUUUAUCCUCGCUCUUCUAUUCCUUCGCGAAACCUACGCACCGAUACUUCUAGCCCGCAAGACUAAACACCUCCAGAAGGCGACCGGCAACAUGGACCUCCGGAGCAAACUCGACAAUGGCCUGAGCCCCAAACAACUCUUCAUUCGCGCCAUCGUCCGCCCGUCUAAGCUCAUGUUCCUCUCCCCCAUCUGCGGCCUCAUGAGUCUCUACAUGGCCAUUGUUUAUGGCUUUCUCUACUUGCUCUUCACGACCUUCACCUUUGUCUUCGAAGAGUACUACGGCUUCUCGCAAUCGACAGUCGGAUUGGUCUACAUCGGCCUGGGAGUAGGCAAUUUCAUUGGACUUGGUGUCAUCGGUGGAAGCUCUGACCGGAUGAUGAAUUACCUUGCGAAGAAGAAAGGAGGAGGCAUCAAACCCGAGUAUCGGCUGCCGCUGCUCAUGUACGCUGGGCCUUUCAUUCCGGUUGGUCUCUUCAUCUACGGCUGGACAGCACAGUACCAUGUCCAAUGGGCUGUGCCUUUACUGGGGACGCUGUUCGUCGGUGUUGGAUUGAUGGGCUGCUUCAUGUGCAUCAAUACCUACCUGGUCGACACUUUCACGCUCUACGCCGCGAGCGCGAUGGCUGCGAACACGAUUCUGCGGAGUCUGCUUGGCGGACUCUUCCCGUUGUUCGGGUUGAGUAUGUACAACAGUCUUGGACUCGGAUGGGGAAACAGUCUACUGGCGUUCCUUGGGGUGGCACUGUUGCCAAUCCCGUUCAUUUUCUAUUAUUAUGGCGAGAGGAUACGGACGAAUCCAAAAUGGCAGGUGAAGCUCUAG